CAAGAGGAGAUAAUUUAAGGAAGGAAAAAAAAACACAUAAAUGGCAGAUGCUAUAAUUUCAGAAGUGGUGGGGAGAAUUGCAACUAUCUUAGAAGAUAAGAUUCGGUAUGAAGUCAAUUUGGUUAGGGGCGUGAAGGACGAGCUUCUUUAUCUUUCCAAGAAGCUCAAGACGAUCCGAGAGGUGUUGGAUGAUGCAGAAAAGAGAGAAGUGAAAGAUCAAAGUGUCAAGAGUUGGUUGAAGAAGCUCGAAGCUACGGCCUAUGAGAUGGACGAUAUUUUGGAUGAAUGGAACUAUUCUCUUCUCAAAGAUAAGAUGGAAGGUUCAGCUGAGCCCGAGCCUACUAAGCAAAAGAUAGGAUGCUCCUUCAUCAGAUCUUCUUGUUUAUGUUUCAAGAAAGUUUCUGUCCGUCGUGAUAUUGCCAAGAAAAUAGAAACUGUGAAAGCUAUGCUUGAACAGAUUUACAAGGAGAGAAAUGACUUUAAUUUUGUCAUCUCUCCGCCUGCAACUGAUCCCGUGCCCACACCUUGGCGAGUGCAAUCCACACAUUUUGUCGACUUGACGAAAGUGCAUGGGGAGGAUAUACAUAAGAAAAAAGAAGACAUAGUGAGGAAACUAAUGCUCAAUGGUGGUGACACCCAAAUCUUGUCUAUUGUUGGAACGGGGGGACUUGGCAAAACAACUCUAGCCAAACUUGUUUAUAAUGAUAAACGAGUGAAGGAUUGUUUUGAAUUAAGAAUAUGGAUUUGUGUUUCUGAUCCAUUUGACGUGCUUGGGAUUGCAAAAGGAAUUGUUAACAAAGUGGGAACACAAAAGAUUCCUCCGGAUUCCAACCAAUUGGCACUGGUAUUAGAAAAGCUAGAAGAAUCCAUUUCAGGAAAAAAGUUUCUUCUUGUGCUUGACGAUGUUUGGACAGAAGAUGAAAACGAAUGGAAGGACCUGAAAAUCUGUCUCCAAUGUGGUGCAGCAGGUAGUAAAAUUCUGGUGACAACGAGAAAGGAAACGGUGGCUAAGAUGUUCGAUACCUUAAACGGUGACAUGUAUCUCCCCAAUAAGCUUAGUGAAGAAGAAUGUUGGUCAUUAUUGUGUGACACAUCUCUUCUACGAAAGAGAGAGAAGGAAUAUGGAAAAUUUGAGGAAGUGGGCAAGAAAAUAGCUAGCAAGUGCAAGGGAUUGCCUCUUGCUGCGAUUGUUUUGGGAAGACUUCUGCAGUUCAAGGAUUUGGAAGGGUGGGAACAUGUCGAGAAGAGUGAAAUAUGGGAAUUGGAGAAUGCAGAAUUAGAUCUUUUUCCCCAUUUGGCCUUAAGCUACAAUGAAUUGUCCCCGGCUCUUAAGCGUUGUUUUUCAUAUUGUGCCGUCUAUCCUAAAGAUCACAAAAUUCAUGCAGAGACUUUGAUAGAAGAGUGGAUGGCGCAAGGUUAUCUGGGCUCUGUUAGUGGAAACGGUGUAGUGGAAGUCAAAGGGCGGGAGUACUUGAACAAUUUAGCAAUGCGUUCAUUGUUUCAAGACAUUAAGAAAAGUGAGUCAGGGGAGCAGAUAGAAAGGUGUAAAAUGCAUGAUAUAGUGCAUGAUUUUGCUCUAUUUCUUAGGAAGAAUGAUGAAAGAGAGAAAAGUUGUCAAGUUUGUGAUUCUUCAUUGGUUUCGCAUGUCCAAGAAUAUCGGAGUCUAUUUUGGGACUACGACGAAGGAGACAGAAGCUAUCAAGUUUGUGAUUGCAUGAAAAGUCUUAGGGUGUUAAGAAUUGAAUGUCUUCCAAUGGGAAUGGAAACGCUAAUUCACUUGAGAUGGUUGGAUUGUAGUUAUAUUGCAUUGUCAAAGGAUGACCUUGAAAUCCUAUGUAGGCUUUAUUUCUUGCAAACUCUUCUCUUGUCACGGUGCGAGCUAACAGAGAUUCCACGAGAAAUUGGGAAUUUGGAUCAGUUAAGACGACUUGACUUAAGUUGGAAUGAAGACUUAAAGGAGUUACCAGAAAUCAUGGGCCGUUUGGUUGAAUUGCGAACUCUUUCCUUAGCAUACUGCAGUCUAGAAGAGAUUGGGAGAGAAAUUGGGAAUUUGGUGCAGUUAAGAGAACUUGACUUAAGUGGUAAUAGAGAAUUAAAGGAGUUACCAGAGAGCAUUGGCCGUUUGGUUGAAUUGCGAACUCUAGACUUAUCAGAGUGCUCUCUAAAAUUAGAGAUUCCACGAGAAAUUGGGAAUUUGGAUAAGUUAAGACGACUUGACUUAAGUGAGAAUGAAGAAUUAAAGCGGUUACCGGAUAGCAUGUGUAACUUGGUUGAAUUGCGAUCUCUUUCCUUAGAUAAUUGCUCUCUAGAAGUGAUUCCACAACAAAUAGGGAAUUUGGUUAAGUUAAGACGACUUGAUUUAAGUUGGAAUGAAGACUUAAAGGAGUUACCAGAAAGCAUGGGCCGUUUGGUUGAAUUGCGAACUCUUUCCUUAGCAGAAUGCUCUCUAAAAGUGGUUCCACAAGAAAUUGGGAAUUUGGUGCAGUUAAGAGAACUUGACUUAAGUGGUAAUACAGAAUUAGAGGAGUUACCAGAGAGCAUUUGUAGUUUGGUUGAACUGCAAAUCUUGAAGAUUAAAGACACUCCUAUCAACUGCCUGCCUGAAGCAUUAGGUGAGUUAAGUAAUCUUCGAACAGACUGGUAAUCAGGAGAUAUAAGGGCUCCAGGCUUCCACGUUUAAUGUCAUCACCCCUCAACUUUAUAAAACAGAUAAAUUUGACUAGAUUGAGUGAGGUGUCAUCAUUGCCGGCUAUGGGGAAACUACCUUUCUUGUAAAUUCUUCAAAUUAUUGGUGCCAAGCAAUUGAUGUUUGUCGGAAGGGAGUUUUUAGGAAUAGAAUCUUCAUCUGAUGA